CGCUCGCUGAACUCACUUUCGGUUUCCCAGGAUGGCCCGCACUAUGGAACCACUGGCAAAGAAGAUCUUUAAAGGAGUUUUAGUAGCUGAACUUCUAGGCGUUUUCGGAGCAUAUUUUUUGUUUACUAAGAUGAACACAAGCCAAGAUUUCAGGCAUACAAUGAACAAGAAAUUCCCUUUCAUCUUAGAAGUUUAUUACAAAUCUAUCGAACAAUCUGGAAUGUACGGGAUCAGAGAACAAGAUCAAGAAAAAUGGCUGAAUAGCAAAAAUUAGGACCAGUCAUCACGCUCGGCCUCCCAUCUAAGCUGUUUGAGACCUGUGGGAGGAGAAAGAGGUGCCUUUCACACUGCAGACGCUUGGUGGCCCCACAGCACAUCCUCCGGAGUACCAGGGACUUCUGCUCUGCCCUGGCUUGAGUUUCCCACCCACAGUGCAAGUCAACUACUUGUUUGUUGCUUUUCUUCUGUAUUUAUUGUUAAAUAUCAACGUUUUA